AUGGGUUUCCAAGUGUCAUAUUUAACCAAUGGGUUUGCAUGGACAGCAGUCUGGAGAGGGGGAACCAGGGGCGGAUGGGGUGGAAAGCAAGCAGGAGAGGGGGAACCAGGGGUGGAUGGGGUGGAAAGCAAGCAGGAGAGGGGGAACCAGAGGUGGAUGGGGUGGAAAGCAAGCAAGAGAGGGGGAACCAGGGGCGGAUGGGGUGGAAAGCAAGCAGGAGAGGGGGAACCAGGGGCGGAUGGGGUGGAAAGCAAGCAGGAGAGGGGGAACCAGGGGCGGAUGGGGUGGAAAGCAAGCAGGAGAGGGGGAACUAGGGGUGGAUGGGGCGGAAAGCAAGCAGGAGAGGGGGAACCAGGGGCGGAUGGGGUGGAAAGCAAGCAAGAGAGGGGGGAACCAGGGGUGGAUGGGGUGGAAAGCAAGCAAGAGAGGGGGAACCAGGGGUGGAUGGGGUGGAAAGCAAGCAGGAGAGGGGGAACCAGGGGUGGAUGGGGUGGAAAGCAAGCAGAAGAGAGGGAACCAGGGGUGGAUGGGGUGGAAAGCAAGCAGGAGAGGGGGAACCAGGGGUGGAUGGGGUGGAAAGCAAGUAGGAGAGGGGGAACCAGGGGUGGAUGGGGUGGAAAGCAAGCAGGAGAGGGGGAGCCAGGGGUGGAUGGGGUGGAAAGCAAGCAGGAGAGGGGGAACCAGGGGUGGAUGGGGUGGAAAGCAAGCAGGAGAGGGGGAACCAGGGGUGGAUGGGGUGGAAAGCAAGCAGGAGAGGGGGAACCAGGGGUGGAUGGGGUGGAAAGCAAGCAGGAGAGGGGGAACCAGGGGUGGAUGGGGUGGAUAGCAAGCAGGAGAGGGAGAACCAGGGGUGGAUGGGGUGGAAAGCAAGCAAGAGAGGGGGAACCAGGGGUGGAUGGGGUGGAAAGCAAGCAGGAGAGGGGGAACCAGGGGUGGAUGGGGUGGAAAGCAAGCAGGAGAGGGGGAACCAGGGGUGGAUGGGGUGGAUAG